UGGCCAGUGGUUCAAAGCUGAUUAACGGCCAUUUUCUUCAUUCCAUUAUACGGAGUAUCAUUUUACCUUUUUCAGUCCAGUAUCAGAUUCUCACACUCUCACUGUUCAGUAUUUCUUUUCCUGAUUUUCUCUGGAUCGUGCUUUCCCAUGUUUCCCCCCUCCCCAGAAUUACCAGAUUGGUUUUAUGAAUACUUCCUUCAAAACAAUUAGCAGGAAAACAGAUGCUUUCGUUUAGAGGAUCAUGCGAGUUGGAGCUCUCUGCUAUUUUACAUGUAUUUUGAAGUAAAAGUAUAAUAAAAAGAAUGAAGUUUGUGGUGGUGGUGGGCGAAGCUUUUGCUUUAUUGGUUUUGGGGUUCCUGAUUUUGACCGUAAAGUGCGGGGGCGAAGAGAACCCGCCGCCGCCGCCGGCUGAGACUGUUGUGAAUGUUGGGGCAGUUUUCACCUUCAAUUCAGUCAUUGGCAGGGCAGCAAAGGCUGCCCUAGAGAUUGCCCUCUCUGAUAUAAAUGAAGAUCCCACCAUUCUCCAUUCCACUAAGCUCAACCUCACCAUGGUGGAUGCUAAUUCCAGUGCUUUCUUGGCCACCAUAGGAGUGUUUCAGGUUAUUGAAAACCAAGCGGUGGCAAUAAUAGGACCAGAAUCCUCAGCAAUAACACACAUGAUAUCUUUCAUAGCCACUGGUCUUUCAGUCCCUCUCAUCUCAUUUUCAGCCACUGACCCAACUCUAUUGCCAUCCCAAUCUCCCUUCUUCAUUCGGAUGGCACAAAGCGAUUCCCUACAAAUGUCUGCUUUGGCCGACCUCAUUCGGUUUCAUCGAUGGAGGGAAGUCAUAGCCAUAUAUGUGGAUGAUGAAUAUGGACGUAACGGGAUAUCUUAUUUAGGAGAUCAACUUGCUAGGGGAAUGUCAUAUAUCCACUUUAAGUUCCCAUUAUCCACCAACUUUGAUUCAAGUGAGCUAACAACAGCACUAAACAAUUCAAAAAAAUUGGGCCCACGUGUUUACGUUGUCCACAUCUAUCCCGAUUCAAUGUUGAGAUUCUUUAAAGUUGCACAGAAGUUGGAUAUGAUGAGAAGUAACUAUGUUUGGUUUGCAACAGAUUGGCUUUCUUCUAGUCUAGAGUCAUCCCUUCAAAACCAAACAUCUUUAGGAUUUCUUGAAGGAGUAGUAGGGCUGCGUCCUUAUAUUCCUAAAACAAGAAAGAAAGACGCUUUCAUGUUUCGGUGGAGAAAUUUGGUAAACAAGAAUUUUGUGAAUUCUGAGUUGAUCACGCAUGCAGUGUAUGCUUAUGAUAGUAUGUGGGUCAUAGCACUCGGAAUCGAUGCUCUUCUUCGAGAGGGAAAGAACCUUACCUUUUCCUUUAGCAAAGGUAAUACCCAAAUUGAGAGAUUUAAAGUGUUCAGAGAAGGAGAAGAUCUUCUCAAGAUUUUAACUCAAACAAACUUCAAGGGAUUGAUAGGAAAUGUCCAUUUUGAUGAGUUCCAGAGCUUGGUCGGGAGCGGAUAUGAGGUUUUCAAUAUUGCAGAAGGGAGUAUUCACACGGUCGGCUAUUGGUCAAAUUUUUCCGGGCUCUCUAUUUCACCACCUCCUUUAAUUCCCAUCCCAAACAAUAAGAGCCAAACUGCAAAGGAGUUUAAUUAUAAGCUUGGAAAUGUUGUCUGGCCUGGCGACGUGAGGUCAACACCUCGUGGUUGGCUUCUUGCAGACAAUGAGAAGCCGUAUAGAAUCGGAGUUCCAAGGAAGACCAGCUUCACAGAAUUUGCAAGAUUGAAUGACAAGAAUGAGAUGGAGGGAUAUUGCAUUGAUGUUUUUAAUAAAGCAAGCAGAUUACUUCCUUACAAUAUCAAAUACGAAUUCGUGCCUUUUGGAGACGGCCUUUCUAAUCCAAGUUAUAAUGACCUUGUUAACAUGGUCGCCAAUGAUAACUUUGAUGCGGCGGUUGGAGACAUUGCUAUAGUGACAAGCAGGACGAGGAUUGUGGAUUUUACUCAGCCUUACAUGGAUAGUGGGCUUGUGAUUGUAGGUCCGCUUGAUGAUUCAAAAGCAAGUGCUUGGGUAUUUCUAAAGCCGUUUACACCAGAAAUGUGGGUUGUCACGGGGUUGUCAUUUCUGGUUAUAGCAGUGGUGGUUUGGAUUCUCGAGCAUCGUGUCAAUGAUGACUUCCGGGGUCCGCCCAAGAGACAGCUUAUCACAAUGCUAUUGUAAGUAAUUAUUAGGUGGGUGCAGGACUAAAAAAACAGAUUAUUUGGAGUGAUGGUUGAGAAUCAUUUAUAGAGUUUUGAGAUUGUUACAAAAGGAUACUGUGGUAAUAAGUUGGCAUUUGCGACUAAAAUUUCUGAUUAUAUUUGGGGAGCAUGAAUAAGUGUUAUGCAAACUUGAUGUUCUAAGUGUUAUUAAUUUCAGCUGAAAAUACGAUUAGCACCCUUGGGAGGAUAGUGAUGCUGGUAUGGCUAUUUCUACUACUGGUUGUGACCUCAAGCUACACAGCAAGCUUGACAUCAAUCUUAACUGUUCAGCAGCUUUCAUCACCAAUCACGGGAAUAGACAGCUUGGUUGCAACCAAAUGGCCCAUCGGGUAUCUAGUCGGCUCAUUCGUGCCUGCUUAUUUGAGAGAUAAUUACAAUGUCCCUCCUUCAAGACUCGUUUGCCUACACUCUCCUGAAGAGUACGAAUCUUCACUACGGCGUGGUCCAGUAAGAGGAGGGGUUGCUGCUAUUGUUGACGAGCUUCCAUAUGUAGAAUUGUUUCUAGCUAACCGGACUGAUUUUGGCAUCAUCGGGCAGCCUUUUACAAAGAAAGAAUGGGGUUUUGUCUUCCAGAAAGAUUCUCCAGUUGCAGUUGACAUGUCUACUGCAAUCCUCAAACUUUCUGAGAGCAAAAAGCUUUAUGAGAUCUAUAAGAAAUGGUUUUGCAAGCCAAUAUGUCCAUCAGAGCGAGGAAGAACAGCAGAGCCCAACGAGAGCCAACUAAGUAGUUUUUGGGGACUGUAUAUUUUAUGUGCUGGCGUUAGUGUCAUUGCCCUCUCAAUCUUUUUGUUCAGGACGGUUCGCCAAUAUAUGCGUUAUAAAAGGAAGCAGUUGGAAUCAUCAUCAUCAUCAUCCAAUACCGGCUUCUCUCAGGUAGUCUGCAAUUUUUUGCAGUUCAUUGACGAGAAGGAAGAAGCCAUCAAAGCCUUUUUUACUCAGCAUGACAGUCCUCCUUAGUAACUAUCCCUGUAUCUGAUAACAUUGUAGCGGGCUUCUCCUAGUUAAUCAUGGAUCAAUUGUUUGCUUGAUUAUGAACCAUAUUGCUUCAAAUGUACAUAAAGAAGUUUGGUGUUUUCUUCGUGCAGCUCAAAUGUACAUAUAUUAUUGCCACAAACUCUUUUAAAACUCCUUUUGGUGUGUUCUACCGUUUCAUUUUUGAGCCUUAAUUAGUUU